UGAAUGCAAAUGUAGUUAUGAGGCAGGCAUUUAUCCUGACGUCAGAUGUCAGACAAGAUCUUGGUAAACCAUUACCACUAGCACCUGAUGAAAACAGUUGGUGAUAAUACAGGAUGAGGUAGAAGAUUCUAAGUAGAGUGUCAUUUAUUAAGAUCAGGAAUAGAUUUUUUUCUUUUAAAAAGAGUGAAAGAAAACACUGAUGAACAGGAUGUCUUAAAAAGGUAUUUUCACCAGUUUCAAACAUCAUGUAUGUCAGUUAUCUGUUGGAUAAAGAAACCAGCAUGUAUCCAGGAUCCGUAAGGUGCAGCAACAAUCUAUCAAUGCAAAACUUUGUCUCCACUCCAUCCUAUUCAGAUUACAUGGGAUAUCAUCAUGUGCCAAGCAUGGACAACCAAGGACAGUCUUCAGGAGCUUGGGAAACUCACUACAGCACGCAAAGGGAGGAUUGGAAUACUUAUGGCCCGGGACCCUCCAGCACAGUUACUGCUGCACAAAUCAAUAGCUCAUCUCCUGGGCAAGUUUCCUACAGCUCUACUGAUUACAACUCCCUUCAUCCUGCUGGAUCUGCAGUUUUACCUUCUGUAGGUACAAUUAAUGCAGAGCAAAUCUCUCCCACCAUUCAAAGGCACAACUCUUAUGAAUGGAUGAGAAAAACACAAUCUACUACUGCAGGUAAAACAAGAACAAAAGAAAAGUACCGAGUUGUUUACACGGAUCACCAAAGACUAGAGUUAGAAAAGGAGUUUCACUGCAACAGAUACAUUACAAUAAGGAGGAAGUCUGAACUUGCAGCCAACCUGGGACUGUCUGAAAGACAGUCGCAACAAAAUGGUGACCCAGAAGAGAUCUACAGCAUCACGCUCAGUUCAGCUAUCAGCAGACAGAAUGAAAAUGGAGAAUGCAAAUAGCAAUAAAACAUAAAUAUAUAUAUAUAAUUAAUAUUAUGAUCAUUAUAUUAAUAAUUAUUAAUAUUGUCAUUGCUAUUAAUAUUGUUAUUAAUAUUAUUUUCUGUGGUCCAUAUCUGCCUUUGAUCAAUAUGAGUUCAGUGCCAAGAUUAAGGGUUUUACAUAGCCCUGGAUAGUUAGCAGUUUUUUCACUACUGCUCAACACUCCCGAGGUAGCACGCAGGUUACUGUAAACCAGAAGUUUUAGGGCCAAAUUCUUAUUCUUAAGUACAGCUGAGGGCCCCGAUUCAGGAAAGCACUCAAGCACAUGUUUAAAUUAAUCUCUAACGUUAAGCAUAUGAUUAAAUGCUAUUCUGAAUAGGGAUGUUUUCCUGAAAUGGGGUCAAGGUACAUAGGCACUGUUCAGGAGAAAUCUAUAGGGACUCCAGAAAUCACUAGACUGGUAACAGAACCUGUGGAGCACAGCUCUGUGGUGUGUGUGGGCAUGGGCCAUCAAUAAUGCAGGCAAGAGAAGGCACAGCCUUCCCAAAACUGCCUACAUGACCAUCCACUUAACACUGGGGCUGUGACACUGCAGCCUGGAUUCCCCCAACUGUCGGGGAAGGCAGGGGCUGCAGCACAGCGGGUCAGCUUCCUCUAGCCGCCAGGGCAGCCUGGCUCCCCCCGGCCACUGGGGAGGGAUGAGGCUGGGGCUGCAGCACAGCAGCCUCGGUUCUCUAUUUGGCCAGGAAGUAUCGGAGUGGGGGUGAGUAGGGCUUGGCUCCAGGGGUGGAGCCUUGGGCAGAAGAGGCGGAGCUGGAGCUUGACUUCCCCAGUUGGGCUUUUACCUGCCGCCCAUUUGUGUGGGACAUAAACUAGUGCAUUGCAUCUCAGAAUCCCACCCCUCGCACAACACAACUUUACCAGUUCUGUUAAAGUCUGUAAAAGGAAACAGGAUUUGGUAUAUAGAAAACAAAAAACUAUCACCUCUCUAAUACUUUAGUGACCAAAGUGCCUUUUCCCUGCAUGGGCAGAUCUAACCAAGACAGUGUUUCUUAAAGGGUGUGCCAUGGCACACCAGUGUGCUGCAAGGCAGUCAGAGGUGUGCCGCAGAGAUAUGGUGACUAUACGUGCCUUUUUUUCCGGGACAGUCCCAGAUUUAAAGACUUCCAGUGCUAGCAUGGCACAGCAGCAACUCCCUGCCUCCACCCAGCACAUAAGCGGCUCCCUUGGUGCUUUGCACGGGCAGCCAGGGCCACUGCCAGUGGCGCACAGUGUCCAGAGCUCCGAGCUCCCAUGCAGCACGUGCUGCCGUCCGACAACCCCCACACCCCGCAUGGCUCUUCCUUCCCGCUGCGGGACUGCCUCCACUGUGCACCACCAGCCCAGCUUCCUCCAUCCACAGGAGGCCGCCACUGCUGCCGGAGAAGGAGGGGCACUGGUCAGAGCUGGUGAGCUGCCCCUGGGAGCUGCCAGAGACCGCGCAGAGCUCGGCUGGAGCACUGCAGAGCGGGCUAUGUUCAGGCUCUGCUGGUGCGCUCUGUACACGGCCCUUUCUCCCCCCGCCUCUUCCCACUCCGCUGGGGGAGUGGCAGUGCAUAGACCUGCUCCACAAGCCAGAUCUGGGAGGGUGGGGACUUUCUCCACCUCCCCUCCACGCUCCCCCUAAUGGGAGCCAAAGCUAGUGUGGGGACUGGAAUGUGGCACUAACAUUAGCACUAUGGGUGGCCCAGCUUCAGGCCCGGCAAGCGGUCCUGCCUUGGAAGCAGCUGGGGCCAGCGCUGCGGGAACUUCUGGGGCCCAACCACAGACUCCAGCCCCUCAAACUGGAAGGAAGAAGGUGGGGAAGGGGUU